AUGAACCAAGUCAGCAUCGGGGAGUACCAUGGGCUGCGGGUGGGCUCGGCCCUGCUUAGCAUCGUGGCGGGCUGUAUCAUCAUUGGGGUGUCGAGGGAAUGUGAUGCUGAUGCUGUGGGAGGUAUCUUCCUGGGAGCGGGGGGCCUCGGCAUGCUCAUAUCUGUCUACCCUUUCAUAAAAGCCUGGCUUAACAUCAACAACAUUCUUCCAAACCUGGGAAACUUUAGAGUCCACCCCACACCUGCCAAUGCUGCUCCUGAGCAACCAGCAGAGACGCUAAGACGAGAAGGGACUCAGAGCCAGCUAAAUCUGGAACGAUCCAAGAGUCGUAUGGGAACCUUUGUGGACGGUGGCCCAAUGGCUGAGGCCAACGCAGAUGAGGGGACAUCCUCAGACAUACCAGACAUCUUGUCUAGAAGGAAACUUAAGCAUUCACCUUCUGAUCAAGAGUUGCCAUGAUGUCAUCACACAAUGCUUACCUCACUGAGCAAUAUGGCAGCAUUAUUUAUAAUAUUCUUGAUCUUCCUCUUCCUUGAGUUACU